AUGCGUAAAGGGGAGCGCCGGGCUCCAGACCUCCAUCCCUGUCCAUCCUGCCAGCUAACCAUCACCUUCCACCGUGCACACUUUUUGGUGCUGCACUUACAUUUUUUUAAAAAGACACCUGCAUCUACGAUUUCCCUCUCUCGCCACCAGGAAGAAAGACGACUAUCUGGAUCGAUCUCUACGGAAAGAGACGCUUCCCCGGCCGCCGGCGGGGCCCGAGGCCGGCCGGGCGGGAGGACGCGGCCCAGGAGCAGAGGACGGGCGGGGACAACCCCUUCCUCGCCGCCGCUGCCCAUUGUUCCCGACCGAGCCCGGGCCGCCCCGCUAGCUCCCCGGGCCGCCGCCGCCGCUCACCGCGCUGGUCCGAGCAGAAGCUCCUCUCAGCUCCGAGUCCCGGCGGCCGUCGCCACCGCCGCGGCAGCCACCGCCACCGCCGCCGCCGCCGCCGCCACCGUCGACUCCGACUCUGUCCCAGGCCGCCGGGCCCCGGCCGCCGCCACCGCCAGUGCCGCCUGCGGCCCCCCACCUGCUGCUGCGGAGGCCGCUUGGGCAGCAGGGGCCAUCUUGUUGGUCGGCCUCCUCUUCCUCCUCCUCCUCCUCCUCCUCCUCCGCCCGGUCGCUCUAGUCUUCGUCCCCUUCCUCUUCCUCAGGCUCCCGCGCCCGCCCCGGAGACUGGGCGGGGACCAGGGCGAGGCCCCACCUUCCGGGGCGGGGCGAGCGGAGGGCGUGGCAGACGGGGCGGGGCUAGCGAAGGGCGGAGUCAGCGGAGGCGGGGCGGGGCGGGCGCGGGCGCGGGAGGGUCGCUCUGAGUCACGGUCCGCCGACGCCACGCCCGACGGAGAGGCCGGCGACGCGCACCGCCCGGAGCCCGAGCGCACCGCGCCGGAGCGGAAGAACUGCUCCCGGGUUCGCCCGGCCCGGCCCCCAGCGCCUCCGCGCCCAGCCAGCAGGUGGCCCGACGGCGAAGAGGUGAGCCAGCUGGGCUGCAUGGGCUCAGGAAACAAGUUCAGAAGCAAAAGAAGAGCCAUUGGAGUUUAUGCGAGAGAAAGACAAAGAUCCUUAGGGAGAGAAGAAAAUUAGAAGUUUGAUGGCAGAAGUGCAAUUGUGUUUGGAGUGAGAUGGAACAAAGGAUCGGUCCAGUCCAUAAAGCAAAUAAUUAGCUUCCAACAGACAGAAUAAUGGAAUGACCUCUCCAGGGUUUGAGUUUUUUAUUUCUGUCAUUUUUGCAUCUUGUGCAUUUGAGUAUAUUUACUUUGGUUAAAAAUCAUGCUUGGUUUUAAAUAUAAAACCAAAGUUGCCAUGUGUAGGUUUGUGGUGCAAAAUUUUGGAAAAGCUCAAAGACAAUACUUUCAGGAGAAAGAAAACACUCAGAAUGUAUUUCAAGUUCAGUUAACAAAGCACAGAAAAGUAAUAGUAAAAAAUUAUCACAUUUUUCACUA